CAGGGUGAGCGGAGAGCGGCGUUUUUGUCAGGGUUAAUAUGUAAUUAUUGGCGAUUUUAGGUGAACAAAAGGAGCUAUAAUUUCACUUUAAAUCUGGAGUUUUUAGAUUCAAUUUAACAUUUUUGUGUUUAUUUUCAAUGGACUCUAGUUGCUUUAGAGGUUUAAAUCUUUGAACAGAUUCUUUAUGAGAAAGGUAGAUAAUAGCAAAUCUCUCGCGUGGUGAUGGAAAUCGUAUACUUGAUUUUUAUGAUAAAGCCAAGAAAGAACGCCUAUUAGUUUUUGAUGAAGCGUUUUAUGCUUAAGUUCCACACAAAACAUGGUGUUCAGCGCUUACCGAGUAUAGUUGGAAUAUAUAAUAGUAAGUACUGAACGGUUGAGGCCAGAGUGGUGUGGAGUUUCGGUGAUUGUGUAGUAAUGCUCUGACGUUGAUGUCUGCAAAUCGCAUCUGGAGAAUGCACGGGGUGAACUAAAACACGGAAUCGCAAUGUAGAGCCAGUAGGCGAUACAGUGUACAUGGGAUAUACACUCAAAUACGACUUGAACGUUUAAAACAACGUUAUAAUCUAUAUAUUACAUCGAUUAGUUCUAUUUGAAUUUAAUUAUUCAGUGUUAAAUGAAUGUUUUAAAAGAAUGGUUAAGUAUUACAUAUUUGUGAAAUGGGAAAUAAAACUAAUACAAAUAUUUAAAAUUAGUUCUUGACGUUUUGAAAAUAUAUGUGCUUCAUGGAAUAUAAAUAAAUGUUAUUUUUAAGUUUGUGUUAAAAAUUAUGUCAACGAGCUACCGGUUGGUUGCUGUCAAAUGUUGGUUUAUUUGUGAAUGUGAGACUGUGAUUGCCCUGGCGGAUUAUUCGUCGAUUUUCAUUGGAGGGUAGUGCAAAGUGUGAUUUGCAUAAUACAAUUUCGUAGAUUGGUAUUAAUCCGCGUAGAAUGAUUGUACGUAAAAUGUACUGCGAUUUUGUCUAUUUCAACUCGAGAUCGUAACACGUGAAAAUUUAUCUUGUUUUAAUUAUAUUCCCGAAGUAACAAAUAUUACGAAAUAAGACUUCGUAUUGAAAUAAAAGUGUGUUUUCUCUCGAAAAUAUGUAAACAAAAAAGAAGAAUAAACAUGUUACGUCUGAUACUGCUAUAAGAGCAAUAUAAUCGGAUUAUUGGAUGUAUUCAAAGAUGAUUGUCUAUCAUGUGUAUAUAUGGGUCAACACGUGUUCAUACUGUGGCGUAACUUUGACAACGGCGAUGACCUAGAGACCCUUAGGGACCCGGGGUCAACCGGAAGGAUGAAUGUGUCAUCAGUUACGUGCUGCAUGUUGAUCAUUGUUGUUCUUGUGAUGACUAAAUGCACGGCCAAAAGCAGACUUAACUUCUGGAUUGACGAAGCUCAACUAGAAAAGUUUGCAAGUUCUUUGUUUGAUUUCCCUGUUCUCGGUGACAUGCAUAUCAUCUAUAGAGGGGAGGUAACCAACCCACUGAACGACAACUCCAUCGAGUUCCUACGCAACUCCGUCGUACUUCCGCCGGAAAUAGACACCGUAAAUCUGACCUGGGAAGCCGGGGACGAGCUGUAUACAUACUGGUUUGACGAACUCAAAUCCAAAAACAAAACCAUUCUCUACAAUCCACUUCUGAGCAUUCCUGCAUCUGGCAUCAUACCGAAAGGACCAAAGAUAUUCCAGGUGUCUAUACCUUGUACGGGUACGGAGGAGGGUAUUGCGCACCUCGUACUAAACCUCCAUAUAAUGGACCAACACAACAAACCCGUCAAAGGGACGCCGUUUAAACUUCGCAUAAAAAAACAGUGCAAUAAAUUCGAGACAACCAAUCUAUGCAAGCAGCCAUGCAAGAACAACGGACGCUGUAACCAGUUUGGAGAAUGCGAGUGUCCGCAGGGCUUCCACGGACUCUUCUGUGAAAAAGACAUGUGCAGUCCAAAGUGUGAGAACAAUGGUACGUGUAUAUCCCCCGACAUGUGUCUCUGUCAGGAGGGGUUUUAUGGGAAGAGUUGUGAGAAAGCGCUGUGCCCUCGGCCAUGUCAGAACGGUGGUCGGUGUGUCCAGCCAGGCGUGUCGAGGACAGGCAUUUGUUGGUGUACAAGCGGCUUUUUUGGAGACGCCUGUCAGUUCAGUCUAUGCAAUAAGCCUUGUCAACACGAAGGUCUUUGCGUGGGGACGAACAUUUGCAAGUGUAAAGAAGGUUAUAGCGGAGACCAAUGUGAAACAGGUCUGUGUUUGAAGUCCUGCAUGAACGGUGGUCUCUGCGUGGGCGCGAAUAAAUGUGAAUGCAAGACUGGAUACAUCGGCGACCAGUGUGAGGAAGUGUUUGUUCGACCACGAAGAAAAAUUAAACAAGAAUCCGAGAAGUGUAACAAACUGAAGGUUGAAAUUCAAAAACGUUGCAAUCAGAAGAAGAAGUGCAAGAGUAAGCAAAAUCGUAUUGCGAAACGCUGCUCGAAUCUCAAGCCGGAUAAAGUCUCUCUUUGUAAAAAGCGACAAGAAAAACUGGCCCAGCGCUGUAUUCGAAAGAGAGACAAACGAAGGAAGCGGUGCCAGGCUAAGAGAAAAAGUUAUAAGGAUAAGUGUAUGAAUCCAAAACACAGACAAAAGGAAACACGAAUACUUAAACUAUUGUAAUUAAAAUGUACAAUGCUAUUGUAAAUAAUAAGUGUAUGCCGUGGAUUACACGACGAAAAUUGUGAUAUGUUUGCAAAUUUUGAAACACAAACAAGUGUUGAAUGUUUACUGAAUUGUGUUGGUGUAUACCUUACGGGUGAAUUUCACAAUUUGUGGCAUAAAUAAGUUCUUUUUGGAUAAUUAUAUACCGUCAUUUAUGGCUGUUAUAUAAGCUUCGUAUUUACACGAAUCUCGACUUGUUGUCAAACACAAUACUAAACGAAAUAUUAACUGCGGAUAGGCAUAUGUGUUGUUUACGGUAAAGGCGAAAGUGAACAAUAAAGAAUCCACAUACAUAAUUCAUGAAUGGUCAAUACAUACUUCUGAACAGUGGUCAUUCAGACGAUAACUGCCACGAUAGUUUAUUAAUUGCACAUUUGUAUUUCAUGUUGGAAUUUAUAAGUUUAUGUGUUUAUAUGUGUUGAAAUAUGUUGCAUGAAACUCCGUUAUAUCGGGCGCACAGGGUAUGGUGUCCAAAUCUGAACACUCAAAAUGUGAUCAUUUUAUCAAAGAACUUAUAUUACAUGUUUAGAACUAA